AUGGAUUUUCCAGUUGUGGUUGAUUCGGACGAUGAUGAAAUGGUCUCCCACGGACUAGAGCAAAUGAGGAGUAUUUUGGAAGAGGCGAUUUUGGAAACGCGCAGCAUGCCUCUUGAAAAUCGACCGCGACUUCCCCGCAUAUCCCUUAGCAAACGAAAUCGGACUGUCGUGAGGGCUCUUAACCCAAUGCUGGUAACCUAUUUGGGAGCCAGUCGGGACCUUUGCGAGACGGACUCAGUUCUUUUUGGCACCGCAAUGGCAGUUUUCCGUAUUAUUGGCGCCAAACUUCCCAUGGCUGGUCGCGUUACUAAACAAAGUAGCGCCAUCCCAGCCUGGAGAAAAAGAAUUGAGGACCGUAUCGCAAAGGCAAGGGCUCUUAUCGGCAGACUGAUAAGCUUCAGGUCGGUUAAUAAUAGACCGAGAGUUAUGCGCACCGUUAGAAUGGCGUUUGCUGGGACAAAUAUCAGUUUGUCCCAGCCGGAUAUCACGCGGAAACUAACAGAGUGCAUAGACGAUCUGAAGCAAAAGAUCGCUGCUUGGGGGAAGCGGAUUCGACGAUUUACCGAGAGGUCAAGGCGGUUCAACCAGAACCGUCUCUUCCAAAGUGAUCGGAAGAGGCUCUGUAAAUCAUUGGAGCGACCAGAGGUAUGUGGAGCGCGCCCGGGACCGGAUCAGGCUAACACUGUCGCAUUUUGGCGUGGCCUGUGGUCAGAGCCCGUAAACCACAGCGAGGGCCCUUGGAUGGAAGUUGUGGCGAGCCAGAGUGCGAGUGUUACGCCUAUAUACCCCGUCACCAUAACGCCGGAAGACGUGGCUGAGGCGGUUCGUAGGGCCCCGAACUGGAAAAGUCCGGGGCUCGACGGACUGCAUCAUUACUGGCUGAAGGGGUUCAUAGUGUGUCACGCUGUGCUCGCCCGACAGUUUCAAGAGGCUCUCGAUCAGAAAUUGCUCCCGAGCCUCUUCACUACUGGGAUCACUCACUUGGUUCCUAAAGAUCAGUAUACCACAGACCCGAGUAAAUACCGCCCCAUCACGUGUACCCAUAUAAGAGUAAAUACUACCCACAUAAGAUACUGA